UUAUUUUCGCAGCUGAGUGUAUUGGCGAGAGACGACGGAACGGUUUGAGUGGCUUGCGCCGUCACCACUUGGAGCGGUUCCCCCACCUCUCUCACUCACUCAGCCUCUGUCUCUCUCAGUCUCUGUCUUACACCCAUCCUGCGAACACUUGCAACCCUGCUCCGUUACACUGGAGGAGUUACGCCAAUCCCCCUUCGUCCCCCCCUGUGAGAAUACACCUAAUUGACAACCUCCGCCACCCCGGAGUCAAUUCAUAUCCAUUUCUGAGCGCGAGUCAGGAGACGAGAGAGAGCAUCGGGGUGAGAGUGCUGUCAACCUAUCUGAGAGAGGCUCGUUGUGUGCCGCUGGUGCCGCUGCUGCUGCCGCCGCUACGGUGUGAAGAUCGCUUGUUGUCAGUGGGUGGAACCACUCUCCCCCCCCGCUCCCCCCUCUCUCUCUCUCUUCCUCUCUCUCUUUCUCCGUGGAGUCUGUGGAAAGCUUUUAUUGGCUCGGGAUUUUUUUAGGAAAUGGCAACACCAGACAUUGGAACAGGAACCGUGUUAUCCGUGAGCAGCGGGAGGAAAUCGGAGUUAAACGAUUAGAAUGCAAGUCGCUCAGAUCUCCCAAAGUCACCAAUUCCGUUAAGAGCAGGACUCGCAGCCCGUUUUAUUUUAUUUUUUUAACGUGUGCGUGUGUGUGUGCGUGUUCGCUAUCCCUCCUCUGUCUGCACGCCACGCUGGUUUUUUGGUACAAUCUCCGAGUGUCAUGAAGAAACACCUGGCUUUUCUACUGCAUAUACUGGCUGCAGCCAUCGGCCUGUCCGAGGUACACAAGAAUGAUCGGUGUGGGGGUGCAGUACAAAUCACCACCCCGGAUUACUUUCAAUCUCCUGGAUACCCACACAAUUACUACCCGCGGCAGAGCUGCACCUGGGUCAUACAAGCGCCCGAAAUUUAUCAGAGAAUACUGAUUAAUUUCAACCCUCAUUUUGAUCUGGAAGACAGAGAUUGCAAGUACGAUUAUGUGGAGGUACGUGAUGGUGGGGACAAGAAGGCAGCGUUGCUGGGGAAAUUCUGCGGGAAAAUAGCGCCUGCACCACAGAUCUCCACGGGACCUCUGCUUUUCGUAAAGUUUGUGUCCGACUAUGAAACGCAUGGAGCUGGCUUCUCCAUUCGCUACGAAAUUUUAAAAACAGGUCCAGAAUGUUCCAGAAAUUUCACUGAACAAAGCGGAGAGAUCAAGUCACCUAAAUUUCCUGAAAAGUAUCCAAAUAACUUGGAAUGCACCUAUAUAAUCUUUGCACCUGCCCUGGCAGAGAUCCUGCUGGAGUUUGAAAGUUUUGACCUGGAAUCGGAUAGCAAUCGAGAAGGAAUGUUAUGUCGCUUCGAUAGACUGGAAAUCUGGGAUGGUUUACCAGGAGUUGGAAUUCAUAUCGGACGCUUCUGUGGCCAGGUCGCUCCAGACCGCAUUCACCCCGUCACGGGUAUCCUGUCAUUAACGCUGCACACAGACACAGCGAUCGCCAGGGAUGGCUUCUCUGCAAACUACUCCGUUGUCCAGAAGAAUUUCUCAGAGAAUAUUCAAUGCAACGAAUCGCUCGGCUUGGAAUCAGGCAAGAUUCACGCUGAUCAAAUUUUGAGCUCGAGCAAUUACAAUUUAUACUGGUCGUCGGAAAGAUCAAGACUGAAUUACCCGGAAAACGCCUGGACACCGUCACAAGACACCAACAAAGAAUGGAUACAGGUAGACCUGGGGUUCCUGCAGUACAUCUCUGCAAUAGCAACACAAGGUGCUGUCUCCCAAGAAACCCGGCGGAUGUAUUACAUUCUGACCUACAAGGUUGAUGUGAGUUCUAAUGGUGAAGACUGGAUCACAGUGAAAGAAAAGAAUAAGCAAAAGGUAUUUCAAGGCAACAGCAGCCCCAAUGAUACAGUCGUAAGGCAGUUUCCUCAGAAAAUCCUGACACGAUAUUUGCGGAUAAGACCACAGACGUGGGAGAAUGGCAUUGCACUUCGCCUUGAAAUAUAUGGAUGCAAGAUCGCAGAUUACCCCUGUUCUGGAAUGCUAGGAAUGGUAUCUGGACUCAUCACUGAUAACCAGAUCACAGCCUCAUCAUCCAUGGACCGAUAUUGGGGUCCCGAACAUGCCCGCCUUCUCACCAGUCGCCAAGGUUGGGCGCUGCAGCCAGUCCAUCGGCCAUACAAUAACGAGUGGAUUCAGGUAGACCUGGGAAUGGAGAAGGAGGUGCGGAGCCUGGUCAUCCAAGGUGUGAAGCAGAGGGAUAAUAAAGUCUACAUGAGGAAGUUCAAACUCGGGUACAGCACAAACGGAUCGGACUGGAAGUUGAUAACAAGUCCUGGCAGCCCGAAGCCCAAGAUAUUUGAAGGAAAUACAAACUAUGAUACACCAGAAGUUCGGAAAUUUGAACCACUUUUGACAAGGUACAUCCGUAUCUACCCCGAACGGGCAUCACCUGCUGGGUUGGGACUACGGAUGGAGUUACUGGGAUGUGACAUUGAAGUGCCAACGGCGGCUCCAACAGUGGAAACAGACGAGUGUGAUGAAGACUUUGGAAACUGCCACAGUGGAACAGGUGAUGGCUUCGACUUUACAGGCAGCAGUACUGCAGUAGGAACAGAGGAACCAACAUUACCUGAAUCAUCACAGUACCCAGACCGUCUCAUUCCCAUCAAUGAGGUGCCCGGUUUCAACUGCAAGUUCGGGGGCACCACCCGGGAGAGCUUCUGCGACUGGCACCACGAUGAAUCCGCAGGCUUUAGAUGGGAAGUCCACGUGGGAAACGAAGAAUCCGCCGUCGCUGAGCCGGGAGGAAAUCACACGAUGGGAAAAGACCAUUUUAUCUAUACUGAAAAAAUUGGAGAAAAGGAAGAGCAAGUAGCUCGACUAUGGAGCCCUUCGUUACCACUUGCGAGUUAUGGCCAUUGUCUGGUCUUUUGGUACCAAAUCCGCGGAACUCGUGGCAGCAGUUUCAACGUGAUCCAAAGAAAACUGACAGGUGGCUUCCCUACAAAUGUCCUGUGGUCCAUGGGUGGACCUCAAGGAAGCCACUGGCAGGAAGGAAGAGUGCUCCUCCCACGAUCCUCACAUGUCUAUCAGGUGGGCUUGGAAGUAAUAGUUGGGAAAGGGAAGCACGGAGAAGUGGCUGUGCACAAUGUGGAGGUCGUCAGCAACCGGAAUGCAAAGGAAUGCAGGGCUCCCAAUGAUGCCUUUCCCGAUUCAGAUGGUUUUACAUCCGUUUUUCCCACUGCGGGGGACCCUGAGGAUUCCACUGACAAAGCCUUCUAUGAGAACGCUGGAGGUCCUGGAAACAUGCUGAAGACUCUUGACCCCAUUCUGAUCACCAUCAUAACCAUGAGCGCUCUGGGCGUCAUUCUGGGGGGCAUCUGUGGGAUUGUUCUCUACUGUGCCUGCUGGCACAGUGCACUGGCCGACAGGAACCUCUCCGCGCUCGAGAGCUACAAUUUUGAACUUGUGGACGGCGUGAAACUGAAAAAAGAAAAACUGAACUCACAGAACUCCUACUCGGAGGCGUGAGAGAGAAGCACUCGGAUGGGGUUUAAAUGGCGGAAGGUGGAUCACGUGAAACCGUGGAAGAUUUCUUUUGUAGUAUAUGUUUGUCUUUGGAGAGACGGGAAGAGCUCUGGAUAAUGCUGGUCUGUGACUGAGCCAAGCUUUUCUCAGGAGCAACAGAGUGUAAACAGUCUGCUUUUUAAUUUUUAAAUUAAAGUUUUAAAUGAACAAAAUGCUGGUGUUGAGACCAAGUGAGAUCAUUUUACAAGUAUUUAUCAUUUUCUGUAAAGAGUUAUAAAUUUGUAUCAUUCUAUUUGUAUAAUGACUUAGCUUCACAGAAUAUGUUUCCAAAGGGCUUUAAAUACCUAUGUUUUUGUAUAUUAGUCCAGAUUUUAUACUUUGAGUAUGCAGUAUUUUGAUUUUUGUCUCGUUUUGAAAAAAACAAUUAGCAUUAAGCCUGACAGGACACUGAGGGCGGGGUCAUAUCCUUUAUAACGAGGGUAAGUA